UCAUCAUCUGAUGAAAAAGGUGGCUGUAGCUUGGGUGGGAGAUUCUAAGAGAAACACCUCAGUUUUGACGACUUCCUCACACAACAACCCCGUGCGCAUUCAACGUUCAUUUUGAUCAAACCCAAACUUUAUUCUCUAGUAAAUCAAUAUGGCUCCGUAUCAAGGUCAUUGCAACUGUGGCUCGGUGAAGGUCACAGUCAACAAGAAGCCGGAUAACAUCGUUAUCUGUCAUUGUUCAAACUGCAAACGCGCUGGUGGCCCCUUUUCCAUGAACCUAUUUGUCGACGAUGGUGAAUGGGAGAUUGACGAUAGCCAAAACACGCUGAAAGAAUACCAGGAUUCAAACACUGACUCCGGAAACACCAUUCAGCGGUGCUUUUGCGGAAAGUGUGGAAGGUAGAGCUAUCGACUACUUAGGUGACCCGUCUAUCUGUGUACUGACAAAUCUGGCAGUCCUGUCAAGACCACAACAAAGGCGAUUCCGGGCAAAGCUCUCAUC